UGAGAACGACAGCAUGACCAUGGUUUCGCUCAGUUCAUUUCUUGUCUUGAUUCUUCUGAGCUCCAGCUUGCUGCUAUCAGCAAGUGGUGGUGGUCGUGGCAGUCAUGGACAUGGCAGUCACGAUUCCUAUGGUCAUGGCGUUCAUGGACAUGGCAGUCACGAUUCCUAUGGUCAUGGCGGUCAUGGACAUGGCAGUCACGAUUCCUAUGGUCAUGGCGGUCAUGGACAUGGCAGUCACGAUUCCUAUGGUCAUGGCGGUCAUGGACAUGGCAGUCACGAUUCCUAUGGUCAUGGCGGUCACGGACAUGGUAGUCACGAUUCCUAUGGUCAUGGCGGUCACGGACAUGGUAGUCACGAUUCCUAUGGUCAUGGCGGUCACGGACAUGGUAGUCACGAUUCCUAUGGUCAUGGACAUGGUAGUCACGAUUCCUAUGGUCAUGGACAUGGUAGUCACGGUUCUCAUGGUCAUGGAGGUCACGGACAUGGUAGUCUCGGCCGUAGGGAAUGAUCUUCUGGGUUCAGACUUGUUUGCCAGCUUCUCCACAUUGGAGAUUACUUUCAAUAAAUGCUUUA